AUGUCGUUGAAAGCUCUUCAUGCCAGUCAGCUUUUUGCAACUCUGUCAACCCUCGCGUUCGCAAUCAUCCUGCAGAGUUCCGAAGCCGCUACCGAUGGCCCACGGAGUCGUAGUGGCAUGUAUGAGAAGGUUCUGGAACCCACCCUGGACACAGUCCACAUGGAAGACCUGCCCGGAUUUACUCGCAGUGUGGUGGCAAGGGACCACGCCCUGAUCACACCGGAAAGCCGAGUUUUUAGCCCACUGCCCGGAUGGGAAAACACUCUCUCAGCACACCUGGUUACCCCUGCCAUUGGCGCACACUUUGCCAUGUCCCUGCUUCGGCUCUCAGACAAUGCCUCUUCCGCCCCUCCGGUGGCUGGAGUGGAGAGGUUUGUGUUUGUGGUAUCAGGGCGAGUCAGAUUCACUAAGUACGGGGUUCCAGGAGAGACCGGAGCGGCCAAUGAGUGCUCGACAGCUGGCGAUGCUGGGAGCGCCUCCACCUGUACAAGCUUCAUUGUUCGGCAGGAGGAUCUUACGGACGACUCUUAUGUGCAUCUGCCUCCAAAUACGCCCCACUCAUUAGCCUCUGCGUCUGGAGCUACGCUAAUUCUCAUCGAACGGAGGUACUGCCCUAUCUCGGGUCUCGCAACAGCCUCAGGGGUGGAAAGCGGUCCAGAAGGGCUAGCGGUGGUGGUGGGACAGACGCACAAGCAACCUAUCCUGCCGGUCCCUGGGGAGGUCUUUGCUCUUCGCAAGCUGCUUCCGACCACCAUUGCCUAUGAUUUCAACAUUCAUAUCAUGGACUUUGAGCCAGGGGAGUUCCUAAAUGUGAAGGUGAGUAUGGCUUCUCUAGGUUUUGCCUUUGAGGUAGCUUUCCUUCCGUCCCUCCCACCCUCGCACCCUUCCUCCCUCCCUCCCUCCCUCCCUCCCUCCCUCCCUCCCUCCCUCCCUCCCUCCCUCCCUCCCUCCCUCCCUCCCUCCCUCCCUCCCUCCCUCCCUCCCUCCCCACUCCCUCCCUCCCUCCCUCCCUACCUCCCUCCCUACCCUCCCUCCCUCCCUCCCUACCCUCCCCCCCUCCCUCCCUCCCUCCCUCCCUCCCUCCUCCCUCCCUCCCUCCCUCCCUCCCUCCCUCCCUCCCUCCCUCCCUCCCUCCCUCCCUCCCUCCCUCCCUCCCUCCCUCCCUCCCUCCCUCCCUCCCUCCCUCCCUCCCUUCCCUCCUUUCCCUAUCGUCUUCCCUCCUGUUUCCCUGUCUGUAUAACAGGAAGUGCAUUACAAUCAGCACGGACUGCUGCUGUUGGAAGGACGGGGAAUAUACCGUUUGGCUGA